GUGUUGAGAGGCUGGUGCUGGAGGUUGGCCCCUCACUAUUUAAAGAGGAGCUGGAGCUGGCACUCCUGCUGAGGGACCCACUGAGACUGCAGCUAGGACUGGACGCAGACCACCACACCGGCCAUACAACUGACCACAGGGUAGAGCGAGAGAGAGAGAGAGGGAGGGAGAGAGAGAGGAACAGAGAGAAAGAGAGAGACUGCAGCAUGUUUUAUUCAGUAGGUUGCCAGUGAGCAGGAGAGAGAAGGAGAGAGAGGUGUGAGGACUUAGGAUUAAGCGUCAGACAGACAGUACACGUUGAGAAAGAGAGGUAGAGAGAGAGAGAGAGAGAGAGAGACAGUACCCAUUGAGAGAGAGGGAGAGAGAAAGAGAGACAUGCAGACAGACAGUACACGUUGAGAGAGAGAGAAAGAGAGAGAGAAAGAGAGAAACUUCCAGAGGAGCACCGUCCCGGCUCACUGUGGCAGAAGCUGCAGCAUCAGUGCUGCUGCUGGGGUUGUUUAUCACGUCCAGAGACAAGAGAGGACAACACAUAAACAACAACAACAACACGCAGACACACAGAUAAGGACAACUCAACUCCAUGACAGAGGAAGUGGUAGGAAGUGACACAGAGAGGAAGUCAGCCGAGCAGUAACUUCUGACAGCUCCGUGCUGUCGCUGUCAGUCCCGUCCAUUCCCUCCUGCUGUGUCUCCGUCUUCCGGAAAGUUCUGCUUCUCCCUCCGUCGCGCUCGUCUCUCCCGUUUGUCAGUCAAACCCGACGAUGACGUGCUGGCUCUUCAUCCUCGCCUACCUGGCGGCGGAGGCGGUCGCCGCAGCAACGGGCUCGGAGCGCCGGCAGCACCAGGUGCAGCAUGGGAAGUGUAGUUUCACCUUCGUCCUGCCGGAGGUGGAGGGCUGCGGAGGAGGAGGAGGAGCGGAGGAGGAGGAGGAGGUGGGAGGGAGGCCCGUGACGGGGGAGUACCAGGUGAGCAACGCCCUGCAGAGAGACUCCCCACCUCCCCCGGAGACGCCCCAGAGUGCCCUCUCCUGGCAGGAGCAGGAACGCAAGCUGGAGACGCUGGAGAGCGUCACGGAUAACAACACACAGUGGCUGCUCAAGUUGGAGAGCUACAUCCAGGACAGUGUGUUGGUGGAGCUGGAGCAGCUGCAGAAGAAGGCCAUGAGCUCACAGACCGCCACCAUGCUGGAGAUCAGCACCAACCUGCUCAGCCACUCCACCCAGCAGUCACGCAAGCUCAUGGACGUGGAGACACAGGUUCUGAACCAGACGGGGCGUCUGGAGGUGCAGCUGCUGGAGUACUCUCUGUCCACCGCACGCCUGGAGACACACAUCCUGCUGCAGGCCAACGAGCUGGCGCACCUCAACGACAAAAACAGGGCUCUAGAGCAGAGGUUUGCGGCGAUGGAGGCUCGGCACGCUGAGGAGCUGAGAGCAGCCCAGCAGGAGAAGAGGCAGCUGCAGGCCCUCAUAGAGAAGCACAGCAGACUGGUGGACCUGCUGGAGGGAGACAUGGCUUCAAGUGGACGCAGCAACGAGGCGUCGAGUCUCCCUAGAGAUGAGCCGAUGGUGUUUAGAGACUGUGCUGACAUGUACAAGUCUGGCAUCACAGAGAAUGGUGUCUACAGCAUCCGCCUGGCCAACACCACACGCACCAUCAAGGUGCUGUGUGACAUGGAGACUCUGGGCGGAGGGUGGACGGUGCUGCAGAGGAGGCUCAAUGGCUCACUGGACUUCCACCGCACCUGGAGAGACUACAAACAGGGCUUCGGGGGUCCGGCGGGGGAGCAUUGGCUGGGGAACAGCGCUAUCCACCAGCUGACCACCUCUAAGGACUACAGCCUGCUGGUCCUGCUCAGAGACGCCGAGGGAAACCAGGCACACUCGCUCUACGAGCACUUCCACAUCAACGACGAGGACAAAAACUACAGCUUGCAUGCCCGCGGGUUCAGUGGCACAGCGGGCAAGACGAGCAGCCUGACGCGCUCCGGCACCAUGUUCAGCACCAAGGACCGCGACAAUGACCUGUGCAGCUGCAAAUGUGCCCAGAUGGCCUCAGGAGGCUGGUGGUUUGAAGCUUGUGGGCCCUCCAAUCUCAACGGCAUCUACUACACCGGGGUCUCCAGAGCGGCCUACAAUGGCAUCAAGUGGUACUACUGGAAAGGGCCCAACUUAAAGGCCACGUUGACCUCUAUGAUGGUGCGACCAGCAGACUUCUGAGAGCUGCCUUGGUGAUGUCAUCAACCUGAGACGGGGCUCGCAGUCAUGAUGUCACGGGACAGCUCAGUAUUGCUAUCAAAGAUCAUUAAGAGCGGAGCAAGAUACUUCAUGAGAAGCCACUUCCUGGAACCCGAAUCAUAAGAGGGAGGGGGGUCAAAAUCCCCCUUUAUGCAGAGCUGUUCCAUUGAAGUCUAUGGACAUGACACACCCCUUUAUGCAGAGGAAGUGAUCCCCGUUUGCGCCCAUAGACAUGAACUAUGUCGACGUAUCUUGCUCCGCCUUAAGGAUCUUUGUUGCUAUGAAUGGAAAUUACAGAAAACCACACAUUCUUUCUAUUCAGCCACAUCCUUGGAUUGUUUUCUUCACAGCUUUUCUGAUUGUUUUUUUUGGACCGAGAGAAGAGGGUCCUGAAAUAUGAACAAGCCCCGUCCAUGCAAACACAUGGCACAUGAACAGAGCCCAGGCGGUAUCUCCAGAGGAGCUGUGCUUUAUUGGCCCGGUGUUACCAGCGUGAUGCUGCUCUUAACUCAUCCUGGGUUGGGACCAGCCUGCGGCGGAACACUCACCCCUGCUGUCCAUCACCCAGCUGAAUCAGUCCCAAUCUCUCCUGGAGGCUGAGCUCAUGAAAUGGGUUUAAGAGACAGCAUCCCUGUAAAAUGCCAUGAGGUGUUGAAACAGGUGUCGUUUUUUAUAAGCAUUUCUCUAUUUACCUUGACAAUAUAAGCAUUCUAAUAAAGAAAGAAGAACAAAGUAGAAAAGCAACUAUGAAUGUGAAGUAAAAUGUGUAUAUAAAAACUGUGUAUAGAGAGAGAGAGAGAG